AUUCUGGCCAACCGGAAAGACAUCCGAGCGGUGGAUCUGGAGAGGAACCUGACCCGGGUAGUCGUCGAUAAGACCACUGAGGCUGUUGCCUUAUCCUACAUUUAUUCAACCGGAACUCUUUUUUGGGCCGAGGUCUUGACACGACAGAUUCUCCGGGCUCCGAUGCCAACGUCGCUGAAUGGCGGUCACUCUCCGGUGCCUAGCUCCAGCCAACGAGUCAUUGUCCGUAACAAUAUUGGUCAAAUUGACGGGAUCGCCUGCGAUUGGAUCACUAUGAAGCUCUAUUGGACCGACUCGGUGUUUCGACGGAUCGAAGUGGCGGACGUCGAAGGAAGGUUUCGCAAAGUUCUCAUAGGGAACGAUAUGGACCUCCCACGGUCGAUCGCGGUCGUUGCCAACAACAACAUCAUGUUCUGGACAGACUGGGGUGAAAAGCCCAAACUCGAGAGAGCAUCGAUGGACGGCAGCGACCGAAAGGUCAUCGUCAGCGGCGAUAUCGGCUGGCCCAACGGCAUCGCAGUAGAUCCGGACGAGCCAAGGGUUUAUUACAGCGACGCUCGGUUAUCAGCUUUGUUCUCCAUGGAUUUCGACGGAAAUCACCGCACUAAUGUCCUGAAAUACGAAGGACAUCCGUACUCGGUCGUCGUUCUCGACAACUACAUCUACUGGACCGACUGGCAGAACAACUCGGUCUUCACUACACCGAAGAGAGGAUUGGGGUCGAUGCGGAAAGCUCUGCAAGACACACAUCUGACCACUCUUGACAUAAAGUUCUACGCAAGCAGUCAGCAGAGAGGCGAUCUCAACACUCCAUGUAACCACAACAAUGGUGGUUGUUCCGCUCUUUGUCUCCUAUCGACUAAUCCUUCGGGGAUGUCCUGCGCUUGCCCGACCGGGGUCCGUCUCCAGUCCGACAACAAGACUUGCGAAGAGGAAAUCGAGAGCAUGUUCUUCGUUGCUAGAAAAGUCGAUAUCCAAGCAAUAUCAUUGGACACAUCCGACCACACGAUCAUGGCCCUUCCUCUGCGCGAUAUCAAGCAUGCGAUCGCCGUGGAUUUCGAUCCGUACGAGGGCUUCCUCUUCUGGUCGGACGACGAGACGAAAACGAUCAACCGUGCGAAACUCGACGGGACCGAGCAGCAGAUAAUCAUCAACAAAGAUAUCUUCCUUCCGGAUGGAAUCGCCAUAGACUCCGUCGCGCGUAACAUUUACUUCACCGACGCCGAGUCCGGCCGGAUACACGUGGCUCCAUUGAGCGGCAGCUACAGAAAGACAAUCAUUUCAUCGGGUCUGCGAAAACCAAGAGCCAUAGCGGUGGAUUCGAAAGCGGGUUGGGUAUACUGGACCGAUUGGGGCUUGGGUGUUGUGGAGCGGUCCCAUCUGGACGGACGGAACCGAGAGACUCUGGUGCACAACCCCCACGGUUGGCCGAACGGUCUUGCCCUCGACACCGAGAACGGAAAAAUGUACUGGGGAGAUGCGAAAACCGCUCUGAUCGAAGAGGCCAACAUGGACGGAACGGGAAGAGUCGUCCUACUAGAGAAAAUUUAUCAUAUUUUCGGCUUGGCGCUCUACAACGGCUAUCUAUACUGGAGCGAAUGGAAACUCAGUCGACUCGAACGCUACAAACUCGAUACCCGGGCCCGAGAAAUCAUGGCUGCGAAUCUAGCUGAUGUCAUGUUAGUCUGGGCAGGGAACAUAAAGAAACCCCCUCCGGGGAGCGAUAACCCUUGCUAUAAUGGUGGGGGCUGCUCCCAUUUCUGCCUUAAUACUCCGAGGGGGAAAGUGUGUGCCUGUCCCGAUAAUAUGACACUCACGGAUGACGCCAAGUCAUGCGAACUUGAGAAGCCUGUUCUGUUGGCAGCCUCCUCCGAUGGGAAGCUGAUGCACGGUCUGGUCGGAGCAAAUAACACUCUAUUAGGAGAGCAAGUAUCGCAGAUCACUGAAGUUCAAGCCGUGGGCGCUAUAGAGUUCUAUUGGACCGACAAAAGUCUCUAUUUCGUUGAUUCGAUCAAGAGAAUCAUCUAUCGAACAUUCGUCGAGCGCCCAGCUCGUGUAGAGGCCGUGGUCAAAAAUGGUUUGGAAAGAGUCUCGGGUCUGGCUGUGGACUGGCUCGCUGGGAAUUUAUACUGGGCCGAUUCGGAGCUUGCGCGAAUCGAAGUCAGCCGCCUCAACGGAGCUCAUCGAAGGGUCAUUCUUUGGGUCGAAAUGAAGCCCACUCUGCUCGUGGUCGAUCCUGUCGGCAAGCAGCUAUACUGGGUCGAUAUCUACUCUACCGCGCGCAUCGAUAGGAGUCGUUUGGAUGGCUCGAGACGCGGAAAAUUAGUUGAUAUCAAAGCCCAAGCUCAAGCCAUAUCCCUGGAUCCGAUCGGCAGGAAACUCUACUGGACCGAUGGCGACAGCAUCGAGAGCGUGGAACUCAGCGGCAAGUCCAGACGAGCCGUUUACUCGAGUUCCAGGACUCGACUCUCACAAAUGGCGGUUCACAACGGGAGAUUGUUCCUAUCCAAUGAGACGCACGUGUGGACUUCAGUUGCCAGCCGUCCCGACCAAAACACCCAGCUCUGGCAGCGACAGGGUCCUCGCGGGGUGUGCGAGCUCGAGGUUCUUCAAAAACCUCCGGCGUCGGCCUGGAAUCAAUGUGCUCUCUCGAAUGGCGAAUGCCAAGCACUCUGUUUUGCUGUUCCGAGCAAAGAGAAGAGUUUCUACUGCUCCUGUGGCACCCACUACGUCCCGGACGCUCAAGAGGGCAGGUGCGUUUUACCUCGCAACAUGAUCCUGUUCGCUCAAAAAACCACUAUUGGCCGUCUGCCGCUGAACGCCGACGGUCCCGAUAUCCUGCUACCGAUCUCCACUCGGAGUGUCCGUUCUCUGCACUACGAUCCCUAUUCGGGUCUCAUCUACUGGCUCGACCCAACUCAGGAGCAGAUUCUACGUGCCAAAGACGACGGUUCGGCAUUCGAGCCGGCGUUCAAACCCUCCCAGAACGAAUCGCGGCUCAUCGACUUUACUCUUGAUCCCCUCACUGGUCAAUUAUUUUGGAUCUGUGGGAAUCGUAACACUAUUAACGUCGCACGCAUGAUGCCGCAAGGAAACUUCAAGCAACUCGGGGUCAUCGCCAAGCUCGACCGGCCGCGUCUGAUCGCUGUCCACCAGCAGAAGUCAUUGGUGGUAUUCUUGAACACGGAAGCGGGGGUGAACAAAAUCAUGAGUUGUAGUUACGACGGAACCGGCCUGAAGACGAUCUUCAACGGCAGGGAGAGGAUUAAGGCCCCGACCGACCUCGUCGUCGACACUCGGAGCGACCUCGUCAUCUGGGCAGACAUCGGUCCGAGACGCGUCGAAUCGGUUCAUUUGGACGGGGAUCGCUUCGUGACUCUCCUCAAAGAUAUCGAAGUCAAUUCCUUAGCGGUUUUCGAGGAUGCCGUCAUCGGAUUGAAUCGGAAGGAUCAUCAGAUUUUCAUGUUUGACAAGAACGGAGACGGCAAGAAGAAGCUUCUGUCGUCUCAUCGAUCCCCUCUCGUCGAUGUUUUCGCUGUGCCUUCGACGCUGCCCGCCGUGAAACCGAAAGAUUGUUCGUGCUCUCACGUGUGUCUCGUCCACGGCCAGAAGGAGGUCAAGUUCUCGUGCAGCUGUCCUGAAGAACAUUCUGAAGGAUCUUGUGAUGUCGCCACCUGUAGCCCGUCCGAAUGGACCUGCAGAGGCGGAGUGAACCGGUGCAUCCCGCUCGAGGCUCGCUGUGAUGGAACUUUCGAUUGUUCCGACGGUAGCGACGAAUACGGAUGCUGUGCCUUGAUGGACGUAUUCAAGUGUUCAUCGAACGGCGAACUGGACAUGUGUGUGCACUCAAAGAGGGUGUGCGAUGGUCACGCGGACUGUCGCGACGGAUCCGACGAGAAAGACUGCGAGCACGAAUGCCACGACGAGCAAUGUUGCCAGAAAAGUUUUCGUUGUCAAAAGUCCCCUGGCAAAUACUCCUGCCUCCCACCCGAGAAGAUUUGCAACGCGGAGUCCGACUGCUCCGACAAUACUGAUGAGAUCUCGUGUUGUCCUAACGGAAUGUUCCAGUGCCAUAAUCGUUCGGGAUGCAUCGACUCUUCCAAAGUCUGCGAUGGCUACAGACAAUGCGCCGAUGGCUCUGACGAGUUCUCUUGCUGCAGUGACAACUGCAGAACGCUCGUUUCAAAAAGUCAGGAUAUAGCUGUGCCAGCAGCCGACGACUCCAGACUGAGCAAGUUCCUCAUCAGUUUCGGAGUAAUAGUCAUCGUCAUCAUCGGGGUCGGAACGUUUUUCGCCAAGAGAGACCCCAAACGAGACUUCGGUCUUGAUACCGCGAUGCACUAUCAAGUCCAACCACAGAGUCUCAAUGCACCGAUGAUGCCUCUACCGGUGAUGAAAGGCCCCCCAGCUGCGCCCUCGUCCGCCGCUUCAUCGGAUCCGAAUCCCUCGACAUACCCCCACAAUCCGCCGCCAUCGCCGGCAACAACUCAAUCUUAUGACCAUCUGUAUUACAAUCGAGGGCCACCGAUGCGCUCGGGCGCUUCGUCCACCUGUUCAUCGAGUCAAAUAUACAUGGGCUCAGAGACUUCCUUCAUCGGCCAUCAAAGAAGGAAUAACAGGUGUAAUUUUAGAAGGCCCAACACGCCGUGCUCCGCCGAGGAGUACGACUCGUUGUGUUACGAGCGGGGCUAUGUGCCGCCUCCCGCGAGUCCGAUUCCGACGACGGAAAAAGCUCUUCUGUACGGUGAGCUUUCGCCGAACCCGUCGCAUCGAGAUCAGGGAUUCGUUUGA